AUGUCGUAUAUGCUGCAACACCUGCACAAUGGCUGGCAAGUGGAUCAGGCGAUCCUGUCUGAAGAGGACCGAGUGGUGGUGAUCCGGUUCGGCCACGACUGGGACCCGACGUGUAUGAAAAUGGACGAAGUGUUGUACGGCAUCGCAGAGAAGGUGAAGAACUACGGAGUGAUCUAUUUGGUGGACAUCACGGAAGUGCCCGACUUCAACAAGAUGUACGAGUUGUACGAUCCGUGUACUGUCAUGUUCUUCUUCCGCAACAAACACAUUAUGAUCGAUUUGGGCACCGGAAACAACAACAAGAUCAAUUGGGCCCUCGAAGACAAGCAGGAGAUGAUCGACAUCUUGGAGACCAUCUAUAGGGGCGCCCGGAAAGGCAGGGGUCUCGUCGUCUCUCCCAAAGACUACUCCACUAAAUAUCGCUAUUAA